AUGGGCAGACACGGCCCCCUAACGUCCAUGGCGCUCGGCCGCUCGCCCUACGACGACAUCGUCAUGGGUGAGGGCGAAGGCGACCCGCGAGCUCCCCUGCAGAUGUACGACGAGCGCGGCCGGCCCGUCAACCCGGAGACGCGCCGCAUCAACCGCGACGUGAUCCGCUCGCACAACGAGGUCAUGCUGGUCAUCGGCGUCGUCGAGGCCGAGAACAGCAUCGACGAGGUCCGCGCCGAGCGCGCCCGCCACAUCGCCCACCUGCAGCACGACACCCGCCUCGCCCGCCGCUUCGAGUGGGCCUCGCGCGCCUGCGAGCUCGCCGGCGUCUGGGGCGUCGCCGGCCUGCGCCAGCGCAUCCUGCUCUACCGCGAGUACGCGCACGUCCCUGUCACGCGGCUGGUCCAGCACGAGUGGCAGCGGAGGUCCUUGGGCAAGCUGUUGUGGGAUGGGCUGCCUGCUUUCGUGGUGGCCAACGCCAUGGAGCUGCCUUUCACCGCCGAGCGCAUCAUGAGGAGCACUGCUCUUAAAUGGGGCUUCACGUACAUCCAGACCAUGCUCAAGGUGUGGAUCUUCCUGUCAAGGACAUCACUGUUACCGGCCUCGAGCUCAUCUUGGUUUCCAAACUGGAAAUACUUCAUCCCGUUUACAUCAUCAUCCAUCAUCCCACCAUGCCCUCUACCUACCACGCUCACCUCCAGGUCUGUGGCCUCAUGGCUCGUGAGUAUCGCCCUUGGCCUAGCCCCUGUCUUGGGUUUGUGGUUCACGGAAGGCAUGGUCGAUUGGGCGAGGGAGUUCUUUUACGACAUCAUCUACGAUCUUCUACCAAAUCCGUCAGGUCCGGAGCUACCGCCGCUCUUAUCCAAUGUAAUUGUCCAACGAGCCUCGACCAAUCCAGACGACCCUGUCCAGUCCCAGACACAGUCAGGCCCAGUCCCGCUCGCAAAUGCCGCAGAAGCUGUACCGAUCCGCGUUGGGCCAGCCGACUCCGAGGGGACCACUCCAGGUGAAGGAAACGUAUGGGAGGUUCCCCAGACGGCGGAAAACCCUGCUCCGUCAGCAGCGGACCCCGAUGCUCCCCCACGAGAGCGCAGCCAGUCUCCUCCCGCGCGAAACAACGGCGCCGGCCGCCCCGACACCCGUCGCCGCCCUAGCCACCGGCCCCAAGCAUCCCAGACUGCUGACACCGAUGACUUCACCGACGACGACGAGGACGCCAAUGAGAUAGUGUCCGCCACUCUCAUCAGCUUUGACGUCGAGAACAACCCCGAGAAUCCGGACCCCAACGACGCCAACAUGCCGCCGGGCGUCUGGUCCGCGGAGCUUAGGCCGAACCCGGGCAACGAGUCGCAGGGCGGCGGAGCGGGUGGCGGCGGCGGCGGUGGAGACCGCGACGGUGACGACCGGUCCCGGCGCCCGCCGAGGCUGUACCGUGACAACGCGCUGACGCGGCUGCCCGCGACGCUGGCGGCCGACAUGCUCGCGCGCAGGGCCGCGUCGCUGCUGCUCGCGCCGAUGGAGGCGUUGGUGCUCAGGAAGAUCGCCGAAAGCUGGUGCCGGCCGAGGGGCCUGUCGACGGCGGGCUUGUGGGGCUUCUCGCGGGGCAUGGUGCUGAACCUGCUGGCGGUUGAGAUAGUUCACUUCCUCUUCGACGCGGACUCGUGGGCGGCCAUCUCGAUGGUGUCGAACGAGUUUGUCGUCUCGUCUGCGGAGUGGGAGAAGAUGCAGAAGGAGGAGCAGGAGAGGGCGCAGCGAGAGCGGCAGCAGCAGUCAGGGGAUGGUGCUGCCGAAGGCCUGGAUGGGACCAGGGCGAGGAACGAGCCGGCGGGUUAG